GCGGGCCAAUGAGCGCCGCGGGGGGGCGUGGCGGCGGGGCAGAAGCGCGGCGGGCCGGGCGGGCGGCGGGGCAGGCGGGGGCCGCCAUGUCCGACGAGAUCAGCAAGGCGCAGGCGGCGCGGCCCGGCGGCGACACCAUCUUCGGGAAGAUCAUCCGCAAGGAGAUCCCCGCCAGCAUCAUCUACGAGGACGAGCAGUGCCUUGCGUUCCAUGAUAUCUCACCCCAAGCUCCAACACAUUUCCUCGUGAUUCCUAAGAAGCCAAUUGUGAGGUUAUCUGAAGCAGAAGAUUCUGAUGAAUCUCUUCUUGGGCAUUUAAUGAUUGUUGGCAAGAAGUGUGCUGCUAACCUGGGCCUGACCAAUGGAUUCCGGAUGGUUUUGAAUGAAGGGCCUGAGGGUGGGCAGUCUGUCUAUCAUGUACACCUCCAUAUUCUGGGUGGUCGUCAGUUGGGCUGGCCUCCUGGCUAAGAUUUUUGCACCACAAGAGAUACUGCAUGCAUGCAAAUCACUAGCAAAUAGAUUUGUUGCCCAUCAAUCUAGCCACUGUUAAUGUAAAUUUUUUGGGGGGAUAUGUGUCUAUGAAAGGUAAUAAAUGCUCUGAACAACAUUCGCACAAUAAAGAUUUAGCAUGUGGGAA